AUGGCUAUCGAUCAGGAGGAGUUUCUGCACCUCGCGCGCCCUGUGCUGCCGACGGGCGCAGGCUUCAGCACCAUCACCGCGCCGCUUUCCGUGUCCAUCCAGCCCCAGGCAGUAGUAUCGAUCCUGGACCAUGCCGUGCGGCGAGAGACGUCGUCGACACAGUCGGCCCGCGUCAUCGGAGCGCUGGUGGGCGUGCGAUCCGAAGACGGCCUCGAGGUCGAGGUCCGGUCGUGCUUUGCGAUCCCCCAUACCGAGACGGACGACCAGGUCGAGGUCGACGUCGAGUACCAGAAGAACAUGCUGGCCCUGACUCUCAAGGCCGCCCCGCGCGAGUCGCUGCUCGGCUGGUACACCACCUCCCACGCACUCGAUUCCUUCUCGGCUCUGAUCCAAAACUUCUUUGCUGCUCCCGACACCGGCACCUUUCCGCACCCGGCCGUCCAUCUGACCAUCAGCACCGAGCCCGGCCGCGACAUUGAGAGCCGCUGCUACGUGUCCUCGCCCGUCGCCGCCUCGCCCGAUCGUGCUGCCGACUCGUGCUUCUUCGUCGAGGUCCCUCAUCGCCUGCUCUACGGCGACGCUGACCGCGCCGCUCUCGAGGCUGUCGCUGCUGCUGCCACUCCUGCUCACCUCGACUCGCGGGCUGCUCCCGUCGUGUCUGACGUUGAGGCCCUCGCUAGCAGCAUCGAGCAGACCCUCGACCUGCUCGACCGGACCGCUGACUUUGUCGGUGGCGUCAUCGACGAGGAACGCGAGCCUAACCACGCCAUCGGCCAGUACCUCAUGAACGCUAUGUCUCUCGCUCCCAAGGCUGACAACCUUGGCAUCGAGCGCGAUUUCAACAACCACAUCCAGGACGUGCUCAUGUGUUCGCUGCGUGCCCUCUAUGAACCAACUGGCCUUGCCGGGGCAUAUGUCGCCUUUUACCUCAUUCUAGUCCGAACUCUGCAAAGGACACGCAAAUCCGCUGAUGACGAUGACGCCCGUUCGCCUGCAUAG